AUGCCGGUGCCAUCACCUGUAGUGCAAGACUACCAAGCUGACGACAGAACUAUUGCUCUUACAAAGGAAUUUAAGAAGAUGAAACCACCAUUGUUCAAAGAGGGAAUCGAUCCACUGAAGGUAGAGACAUGGGUGCUUGGCAUAAAGAAAUUGUUUGAGGUCUUUCCAUGUACAGAGGGCCAGAAAGUUUUACUUGCUGCUUUUACACUCGAAGAUGAGAGUAUCCAAGAUAGAAAGGUGUCAGAGUUUGAGAACUUGAAGCAAGGGAACAAAACCAUAACGGAGUAUGACGUGCAAUUUACCGAACUAACCCGUUUCACACCGUACAUGGUUGACAUGAACUACAAAAAGGCGAAGAGAUUUAAGGGAGGUCUCCAAGACUCCAUUCUUGAGAAGAUUAAUAUAUUGCAGGUACAAAAAUAUGUAGACGUAUUGGAUAGGGCCAUCAUAGCAGAAGGUAAUCAAGCCAACCGCAAUCGGUACUCAGAUUGGAAAGGCAAGAGGUAG